AUGAAAAUUGUUGAAGAAGGGCUUUCCAAAAACAAAAAGCCACUGGUCUUUUUUAUGGCAAUUGGGCGUAUCAUAGGUCACUCUGUACUUCAUGGUGGUCCUAUUCCUUAUGGCUUUUCACCAGCAAUUUUGCAUUACUGGCAUGUAACAAGAUCACCACAAAUUAAAGACAAAGAUAUUGCUACACAUGCACUCCCAAUUGUUCCAGAAGAUAUUGCCGAUCUUGAAUUACAUGAAAUGAUAACUGAGCUGGAAAAUUGUCAUACCCCAUCACCUGAGAUGUUAAACAAGCUUUGCCCAUAUCUUUUUGAGUCUGGAGUUGACAUGGACAUAUUGUCAGGAAACACACAGCUUGCCAUUCAAGACCUGAUGUUUUAUCAAGUCAUUCAUAAGAGGUGCAUAGAACUUGAUGACAUUGCUAAAGGUAUGAAGGAUGCUGGUUUGCAUUCCUUCAUUGAGCACUUACCCACCAACAUCUUAGAAAUUGUCUUUCCGUCCAUUGAAAAAAGAAGAUUAUCUUUUGAUGAGAUCAAAGAAGUACUUAUCUUUGAAGAAGAGAAAGAAAAUGAAAGAAUAUUUGCCUUUUUCACAGAGUAUUUAUAUUUCCUGGCAAAAUAUGAAGAAGAUACUAUUAAUCACCACUUAACUUUCAAUCAUACCAAACACAAACUAUUUUACAAGUUCUACACAAGAGUUUUCUAUUACACUUAUCUUUUUUUUGCCCCACAUUACUUGAGUGUAGAAGACAAGGGCAACACUUGUGUGAUUAAAAUCACAUUUAUUCACAGGCACAUGAUACCCCAUGUCAGUACUGAUUAAUACUACAGUAUUUCUUGUUGUUUUAAUUAAAGGCAUUUGAUUUUUUGUGGUUCUUUUACACUUCACACUGUAUUGUUACAUUUCACACUGUAUUGUUUUACUUUUAGGUCAACCAUCAUUAACAGACUUAUGUUGCUUUUGUUGUGCAACAAAUACCUUACCUGCAAGGGGAUCAUUUUUGGUCAAAUU